AUGAAUUGGAUAAACAAACAAAAUGAUAGAGAUAUGUCACCAUCGUCUUUUAAUCUUCAAGAAAUCAUUGAAACAUACGGAGAGAAUUCAGAGAUAUUCCAAUUGAUUCUGAUCAGUAAAGUAGAAGAAGAUCGUAGGAGAAUAGAAGAAGCUAAACUUAAGCAGAAAAAAAUUGAUUUCUUUGUAUCAAAUAAAGACAAUGCGAAGAAAAAAAUCAAACGUAAUGACAAUAAACCGCGAGUCUUAGGUUUAUCUCGGGAAGAAUUUUACAAGGACGUUGAUCAUUCUUCCUCGACCGCAUACUCCGUUAAACAAAAUGAAACAACAUUACUGCAACCAAAAAGACACAAAAGCCUAACUCAGCUCUUCUCUCCAAGUUCAUUAGCUAUUUGCUCACCUCUUCAGGACAAAUCGGUAGACUCUCACAACUUUCAGCAAGAACUUCAAAGUUCUGUUGCACUACCAAUAAAUCGUAGAAACUCCGUUGACGGAAGCUCUAAUAGAGCGUCAGAUACUUUGCCGCCAAUUGCCAGUGUAACAACCCGGAGAAGAAGAGAGAUGCAACCAAUUACUAUGAUAAUAGAAACAAAAGAGUUUCCUUACAAUGAUGACUAUGUUUGGAAAAAUAAUGGAAAUACUACGCACAAAAGUACAGGCCAAAAGAGCAUCUAUUAUAAAUGCUCCAACAGCAACGCAGGGUGCUCUGUAAAUAAAACUGUAUCUUUUCGAUCCAAUGGCGAAUAUCUAAUCAAGUACAGAGGUUUUCACUUGCAUGAGUGCUGUAAAAUAAAACGUGUGAUGGCAAUGUAG